AUGCUGCUCCUACAUCAGAUCGGAAGCGUCAAGAUAGGCGAGGUUGUGCGCUACACGGUUACCUACACUCCCUCCAACGAUCGCAUCCUCCCGUCGCCCGAGUGUUUACACCUGCGAAUCAGGAACUCGUCCUCCACCGCCUUGCGCGCCGCCUUUGUUCACGGGCCCUACACUCUCUGCGUCGCCGCAUACCCGUCGCACUACGAUCCAAACAAGAAGUUCGCCCACCCCCGUCGCUAUGGCGUUCCCGAGUUCGAGCCCAUGCUCAAGGCCGGCGGCUCCUGGGCCUGCCGCCUGCUAGUCCCAGAUAACAUUCGCCAGUCUGCCGGUUCCAACGUGACCAAGGGCUAUUUUGGCGGAAGCUCAACUCCGACAAAUCCCACCUCGCCUGGCGUCCCGCCCGGCACGGACCUUGAAACGCAACCGCCAGGCUCGGUGUCAUGGAUCAUUGAAGUCACGAGCCAGGUGAUAUUCUCAACCUCGGCUGCCGUUCACUACGAGAUCCUACUGGCUCGGGACGAGAAGUCUCUUCAUCUGGGCAUUCCAGGCGUCUCUGUCAUUGGAGGUUCCCAAGUCCAGCUGCCGCAGCCUGGAAAGAUCAGCGACUUCCAGCCGCCGCCGCCGCCUCCUUCGCCAAGCGACGAACCGUCACAAAAUAUUCAAAGGCCACAAAAAGGUGUAUUCUCAAGCGCAAUCUUCAUCAAAGUUGAGGACACUGCUGCUCUGUGGGACACGCCAAAGCUGGCAGUUCUUGACGAGCCUAGCAAACUAAAAGACAAAGUUGUGGCGUCAACACAGCAAAAGUCGGAGACGACGGGAACUGAAAUAACACAGUCAGAAGCCUCAGAUACCCCUUCAAGUGACCGUGCCACCAGCUCAGCUGCACCAGCGGAUGCUUGCCAUGACGAGAGUAAUAGAAAGAAGGAGCCUGACAGGCGCCAGAAGGUCCACCUUGUUGUUCUGACUCAUGGACUUCAUAGUAAUUUGGGAUCAGAUAUGCUGUACCUCAAAGAAAGCAUAGAUGCCGGCGUCAAGCAAGCCAAGAUUGAUGCCAAACAAAGGCGGGCAAGAGAGUCCAGGGAAAAGCAGGAAAGAGACAAGGCGAAAGGGAAGAGCCAGGGCGAAACAGCAUCGAAUGAAGAUGGUGGCAGCGCUAGCAGAAGGAAAAAUGUCUCUGGUGUGGACACUCCGGCACCAUUAAAUCAAGCCGACAAGAGCCACCAAACUUCUGCCAAAGCCGAAACCUCUGACGCCUCUGAAGAUGAGGUGGUUGAAGACGAUGAAGAGGUGGUCGUGCGAGGCUUUUCUGGCAACGCAACCCGUACAGAACGCGGUAUCAAGUACCUGGGCAAACGACUUGCCCGAUAUGUGCUCUCCAUGACUUAUCCAGACCAGCCGUACCUGCCCGCAUCUCUGGCGAACGUCGCCAGUGGCGGUACAGCGGCUCACAAGCACAGCAGCAUUCGCAAAGAACCCAAGGAAGAUGAUCUGCGGGCCCACCGCAUCACCAAGAUCAGCUUUAUUGGUCAUUCUCUUGGCGGUCUUGUGCAAAUGUACGCUAUAGCCUACAUCCAAAAGCACUCGCCCCAAUUCUUCACCCUCAUCGAGCCCAUAAACUUCAUUGCCCUGGCUUCACCCCUACUAGGUUUGAACCAUGAGAACCCACUCUACCUGAAAUUCGCACUUGAUUUUGGCUUGGUAGGUCGCACAGGUCAGGACCUUGGCCUUACCUGGAGAGCCCCAACGAUCGCGCGAAGCGGCUGGAGCGCGAUAGUCAGCAACCUUGGAGAGAACGCACACAAGAAACUGCUCGGUGAGACGGAGGAAUCAAAACCGUUGCUCCGUAUCCUUCCCACGGGACCGGCGCACGUUGCGCUAAAGGCCUUUCGGAACCGGACCCUAUACUCAAAUGUCGUCAACGACGGAAUCGUGCCGCUCCGGACCAGCUGUCUGUUGUUUUUAGACUGGCAAGGAAUUGGACGUGUGGAGAAGGCACGCCGCGAGGCUGGCCUCGUGGAGACCGUCGUGGGCUUUGGCUGGUCGGAGCUAAUGGGCGCCAAUGUAACGUCCCCGAGGUCAGCGUCAUGGCCCGUCAGUACCUCUGAAGAUGAAGACGACGAAAAUGAUGAGAAGAAGCCCAAGAAAAAAGAGGGGAAGGGAGAAAAGGGCAACUCAGAUCUCACGGUUGAUCCCGGUGGGACAGGCUCUCCGUGCGAGGAUGGAGCUUUGACGCCUCUUGCACAUAAUUCACACGAGGUGCCCCAGCCGUCUGGAAAUGCUAUCCUGGAAGACGAUAGACAAAGCAUCAGGUCUGUCCCGACGACCUCAUGGGCCGGCAUGACAUCAGGCUCGAUGACGGCCGCCAACCCAUUCACCGGCUUCUUCAACCUCUUCCGAAACCACGAGCCUCCAAAACCCUCGCCGCCCAACCACAAGCAGACCAAGAUACUCAAACGGAGUCAGACCCUGGGCAAGGACGGCGAAUCUACGAGCUCGGCAUCAUCCUCAACUUCGAGAGUUACGACUGGGCACGAGCUCAGCCACGAGGGAGAUGACGGUAUGGCGGCGCCGCCGAGAACAACUCUGUUCGAAGCGGCAGGCGACCUCCUUAAUCCCAAACUGCCUUCUGUCGAGUACCUGAUUGAUCCUUCGAAACGCCCUCGCACCAUCUUCCACGACCGUGUAUACCAUCCUAGCGACAUACCGCCCCCGCCACUGAAGAAGCGACCAUCGUCUUCAUCCAGUCGCCGUAAGAAAGGACCCGCCCGAGUUGAUUCUGCAGAGACUGGGGCUUCUGCCUCAUCCAAGAGCCCGCUGUCAUCCCCAAUUGCAUCGCCAACUAGCCACUCGCGCAAGGGCUCCCUGGGGUCGUCAACCAAUGACUACGAUGACACAGCCAACACUAACCCUAACAAGGGGUCUGAUGAGGUAAUCGAUAGCGCGGGAAUGCGCGUCGAAGAGAAGAUUGCCAGGGCUUACCACCGAGGUCUUUCCUGGCGCAAGGUUCUGGUCAAGUUGGAACCGGAUGCGCACAACAACAUCAUCGUACGGCGCAAGUUUGCCAACGCCUUUGGAUGGCCCGUAAUCCAGCAUCUCGUGGAAGCGCACUUCAGUGACUCGGCUGUUGCACGCAAACCUGACAGCGCCGAGGCGGGUACGGAACGAGCCAAGGAUGUUGGUCUGAACCCAGAUAGCCAUGGCAGGGAAACAAAGCAGCAGCCCGAGACUGCACAAAUCGAUAGGUCAACCCACUCUGCAACAUCCGGGACAGAUUCGGACCAGCGGACAACUAGCAAAGCGAGCGCUGCGCAUGGUGGCGAUCGUGGAAAACUCGACCCCGGGUCUGUGUCAGCUCCAGACCUAGAUCGAACUCCAAGUGAGAGGCGUGAGGCCACGGACAAGGUCUCUGAACUGCCGAAUACCCCGCCCAGAAAAUCCAACAGCAUCCCCUUGAUGAGACAAGGAAGUGGGAGCAGCAGUAGCAGUAACGGUGGCACAAGCCCAGGCAGCCGUAAAGCUGGGGACGAGUCGGCAAGGCCAGCUUACGACCGGAUAGACUCCAUGACGUGGAGCGACAGAGACUGGGCCGACAGUGAUGAUGACAGCGAACUCGAGAUUGGUGCUACCAACGGAUUCCUUGGACAGGGAUUGUUCAGGAAAGGCACAUUGAAGAACGUCGCUUCUGGUUCUGGUGACUCUGGUGACAUCGAGGGCAACAGCACUGCGAAAGCACCCGGGGCUGGCUGGAACUGGACUGAGAAGAUUGUCGGCAAGGGACCGACCAGGAACAGGGCCAUGUCCCCGCGGACUCAAGCCUUGCCUCCGCAGUCUGGCAGUGAUUCCUUCGAGACUGGAAGCAGGGCUGCCGCGCAAACCAAAGUGGCACAAAGUAAUGCCGGUAAGCCUGCAUCCGCCACUCAGUAA